AUGGGGGUACUAGCUACGAUCCUGGGUCUCCUUUUCAUUGUCGCUACUGCCUGGUCAGAUGAAGCUCCUAAAGGACCAAAAGUAACACACAAGGUAAAGUUUGAUAUAAGUAUAGGGGAACAGGCUAUUGGUACAGUGACUAUUGGUCUUUUUGGAAAAACUGUACCAAAAACGACCGAAAACUUUUAUCAACUUGCCCUGAAGCCAAAAGGAGAAGGCUACAAAGGCAGUAAAUUCCACAGAGUAAUUGACAAUUUCAUGAUCCAAGGUGGUGACUUUACCAAGGGUGAUGGAACUGGUGGACGUAGCAUUUAUGGAGAGAGGUUUGAAGAUGAGAACUUCAAGCUGAAGCAUUAUGGAGCAGGUUGGCUAUCAAUGGCAAAUGCUGGAAAGGACACCAAUGGUUCUCAAUUCUUCAUUACAACCACUAAAACUCCAUGGCUAGAUGGUAGACAUGUUGUUUUCGGGAAGGUCUUGGAAGGAAUGGAUGUUGUUCGCAAGAUUGAAAAGACAGUAACUGGAGCCAAUGAUCGUCCAGUUAAGGAUGUUGUUAUUACGAACACUAAAGCAGAGAUUGUUUCAGAGCCUUUUAGCGUCACAAAAGAGAGUGCUCAAUAA